AUGCCGAAGAAGAAGCCGGCGAAACAUCCCGGCGAAGACAUCGCCGCUCCGUUGUCGAAGCAAACCGGAGCUUCGAUGGAUACAUGGUCGUGGCUAGUACAUAACGGAACCACAAGUACUUUCGUCUGUAUCUCCCUCUUCGCAUUAUUGAUCCGAUCUGCUGUAUCGAUGUUCCCGUACUCCGGCGCCGGAACUCCACCUAAAUUCGGCGAUUUCGAAGCUCAGAGACAUUGGAUGGAGAUAACCACAAAUCUUCCGACUAUCGAUUGGUAUAGAAAUGGCACUUACAAUGAUCUUAGUUACUGGGGACUCGAUUAUCCUCCUUUAACUGCUUACCAGAGUUACAUCCAUGGAGUUUUCCUCCGAAUCUUCAAUCCUGAGUCCACUGCUCUUCUCAGUUCUCAUGGUCAUGAGUCUUAUCUUGGCAAAUUACUGAUGAGAUGGACAGUUCUAUCGUCUGAUGUUCUCAUAUUCUUCCCGGCUGCUCUCUUUUUCGUGUUAGUGUACCAUAAAACUCGAGCUAAGAGUGCCAAGAGGGAAGUGGCAUGGCAUAUUGCUAUCAUUCUCUUAAACCCUUGUUUAAUCCUUAUUGAUCAUGGUCAUUUUCAGUACAAUUGCAUCAGCUUGGGACUUACAGUUGGUGCUAUUGCUGCAGUACUCUAUGAGAGCGAGGUUCUCACUUGUGUUUUGUUCAGUCUAGCUCUCAGCCAUAAACAGAUGAGUGCGUACUUUGCUCCUGCCUUUUUCAGCCAUCUACUUGGUAAAUGCCUAAGACGGAAAAGCCCAAUACUUGCUGUGCUAAAGCUGGGAAUCGCAGUCAUACUGACAUUUGUUAUUGUGUGGUGGCCAUAUUUGCGUUCAUUGGAUGAUUUCUUAAUGGUUCUCUCCCGUCUUGCUCCAUUUGAGAGGGGAAUAUACGAGGAUUACGUAGCAAAUUUCUGGUGCACCACUUCCAUUCUCAUAAAAUGGAAAAAACUAUUCACAACACAAUCCCUCAAGUCUUUGAGCUUAGCUGCAACUGUAUUGGCUUCUCUCCCUUCAAUGGUUCAGCAAAUCUUGUCACCGAGCAAUGAAGGUUUCCUAUAUGGCUUGCUCAACAGUUCCAUGGCUUUCUACUUAUUUUCCUUCCAAGUGCAUGAGAAAUCAAUCCUGAUGCCUUUUCUCUCUGCAACACUAUUAGCUCUCAAAAUCCCUGACCAUUUCAAUCAUUUAACCUAUUAUGCUCUCUUCUCGAUGUUCCCUCUUCUUUGCCGUGACAAACUCUUGCUUCCUUACUUAGCACUAUCUUCGCUCUUUGUCGUCAUCUAUCAUUCACCCGGGCAUCACCAUGUGAUACAGAAAACUAAAGCUUCGUUGUUCUCCUUUACAAACAUCCCGGGUUAUGUUUUCCUACUUAAAACCCAUUUUUUCAUCUCCUUAGUUCUUCAUGUCCUUUACCUCACCAUUCAACCUCCUCAAAAGUACCCUUUCUUAUUUGAAGCACUGAUCAUGAUUCUUUGUUUCUCAUACUUUGUUAUGUUUGCCCUUCACACCAACUAUACGCAAUGGACUUUGUCCAGUCAUUUCGGGUCGGCGGAUAAAGAAAAGAAGCAAAUAUGA